GGCGAUCUCCACGGCUCCCUUCAAAGUCGAGCUUCUUCCACCCGUCUUGUUUCUGUAGCAAUUUUGCCAUCUGUUCUGACGAUGUGCGAGAAGCCUACGCUCCCUCUUGUUUUCCUAGAUGUAUCCAUUGGAACAGAGCCCGUGGGUCGACUUGUUUUCGAGCUUUACACAGACAAGGCACCCAAGACAUGCGAGAACUUCAGAACACUAUGUACGAGUGAGAAGUCCUCGCUUACGUACAAAGCGUCACCCUUUCAUCGCAUUAUAAACGGAUUUAUGAUUCAAGGUGGUGACAUCACAAUGGGCAAUGGUCGUGGUGGGGCUUCUAUCUAUGGCGGAGAGUUUGAAGAUGAAAAUUUGGAAUGGAGAGACAUUGACGAGGCAGGUUUGCUGUGUAUGGCGAAUCGUGGCAAGGACACAAACAAUAGCCAGUGGGUAUCUUCAUGGUAGAGCGAGAAGAGAACAGUGUUGAGGUUUGCGAGAACAGAUUCUUCAUCACCCUUAGGGAGAGCCCACAUCUCAACGCUAAACAUACCAUCUUUGGCAUGCUAGUCGAAGGCAAAGAAACGCUCAACCAAAUGGCGAAAGUGCCGGUCGAUAAAGAGGACAGGCCACUCACGGACGUAAUAGUGGCACAUUGUGGAGAGUUGGAGUAUAGGAGGAAGCCUGUAGCCAAGAUCGUGAGUAUGAAUCAGGACAAUCAUCGCGCAACCGUCAGCUCCACGUCACGGGGUCGUCAUAAACGUAGACACUCGUCAUCACGAUCACGGUCACGAUCGCCCUCCCCAUCUCGCGGGCACGGGAGGCGGUCUGGGUCGAGACACCGUCAUAGACACAGGCGACACAAGCGAGACGAUACAAUGUCUCGGAGUCGUAGCCCUACGCCUCCUAUCCGUGUCAGACGACGAAGUGACGCAUCGCCGGACCAUACAUUUCGCGGGCGGGAAAGGCGGAGAUCGGGAAGUCGGACGCCAAUACGAGAAAGCGACGGUGGGAGCCCCGAACCGGAAAGGAAGAGCAAUCGCAAGCGAAGUUCGCCUCCGUCACGCCCAUGGUCAUGUAACAGCGUGCCGGGACGUGAGGGCGAGGAGCAGAGACGGCAGAGAAGUCUACCAAAUCAAUAUCGAAAAGAGGAUGUGAGGAUUGGUGAAAUGCAGAAUAGGCAACUCGAAAAGGUUGGUGGCAAUGCAAGGGAAGGUAGCAGUGUGGAAGGGGUUGUGUACAGGGGAAGGGGCUUAAUGAAAUAUCACGAGCGAAGAAGCGGGUGGUAACAUGUUUUGCGUUACCACGAGGAAAGGGACGGAGGCCUGUUUUUCUGGUUUCUUUACAUGUUUUUGCUCGUGCAUUCUAGAUACCCCAAUACUGACGUUAAGAACUGCU